AUGCUGUGGUUUCUGCUGCUGCACGGUGCGCUCGGCCUGGGAGGAAACACUGCAGCCGCACAGAGAGAUGGAGAAAUCAUCAGUCAGAUUAAAAUGACGAACCUGGCGCUGGCUGAGAUUAAAGAGCUUCUGAAACAACAAAUCAAAGAGAUCGUAUUCCUGAAGAACACAGUGAUGGAGUGUGAAGCCUGUGGAAUGGGGGGAAUGCAGCCCCGCCCCUCCUGUGUGCCCAACCCCUGCCACCCGGGGGUGAAGUGUAAGGAGACCCCUCAGGGUGUUAAGUGUGGGCCGUGUCCCGACGGCAUGGAGGGCAACGGGACCCACUGCACUGAUGUGGACGAGUGCAGCGUGAUGCCGUGUCACAUGGGCGUGCGUUGCAUCAACACGUCCCCGGGUUUCCGAUGUGGUAACUGUCCUGCUGGGUACACCGGACCCCAGGUCCAGGGGGUCGGCCUCGCCUACGCCACCGCCAACAAACAGGUGUGCAAAGACAUCAACGAGUGUGAAGGCCUCAACAAUGGAGGCUGUGUGGAGAACUCUGUCUGUAUGAACACCCCCGGCUCGUUCCGGUGCGGUCCCUGUAAGACGGGCUACGUCGGGGACCAGCGGCGUGGCUGUAAACCGGAGAGAGCCUGCGGGGACGGCCGACCCAACCCCUGCCACGCCAGCGCUCAGUGCAUCGUCCACCGAGAGGGGAAAAUCGAGUGUCAGUGUGGAGUCGGAUGGGCUGGCAACGGAUACCUCUGUGGGCCUGACAUCGACAUCGAUGGUUUCCCUGACGAGAAACUCUCCUGUCCUGAGAAUAACUGCAACAAGGAUAACUGUCUCACCGUUCCCAACUCUGGACAAGAAGACGCCGACGGCGACGGGAUCGGAGACGCCUGUGAUGAAGAUGCUGACGGAGAUGGAAUCCUCAACAUGCAGGAUAACUGUGUGUUGGUGCCCAACGUGGACCAGAGGAACGUCGAUGAGGACGACUUCGGGGACGCCUGCGAUAACUGCCGCGCCGUCAAGAACAACGACCAGAAAGACACGGACGUGGACAAGUUUGGUGAUGAGUGCGAUGAAGACAUUGAUGGGGACGGAAUCCUCAAUCACCUGGAUAACUGUAAAAGAGUUCCCAACGCCGACCAGAAGGAUCGUGAUGGAGACAACGUGGGAGACGCCUGUGACAGCUGUCCUUAUGUUCCAAACCCCGAGCAGACGGAUGUGGACAACGACUUGAUUGGAGACCCCUGUGACACCAACAAGGACAGUGACGGUGACGGUCACCAAGACUCCCGGGACAACUGUCCCGCCGUCAUCAACAGCUCUCAGCUGGACACGGACAAGGACGGCGUGGGGGACGAGUGUGAUGAUGACGACGAUAACGACGGGAUCCCAGACCUGCUGCCACCCGGCCCGGAUAACUGCCGCCUGAUCCCCAACCCUCUGCAGGAGGACUCCAACGGUGAUGGUGUGGGGAACAUUUGCGAGAAGGAUUUUGACAACGACACCAUCGUGGACACCAUCGACGUCUGUCCAGAAAACGCGGAGGUCACCCUCACCGACUUCAGGGAGUACCAGACCGUCGUUCUGGAUCCGGAGGGAGACGCUCAGAUCGACCCCAACUGGGUGGUGCUGAACCAGGGAAGAGAGAUCGUCCAGACUAUGAACAGUGAUCCUGGACUGGCUGUUGGUUACACGGCGUUCAGCGGUGUGGACUUUGAAGGGACGUUUCAUGUGAACACGGUAACGGACGACGACUACGCAGGAUUCAUCUUCGGGUACCAGGACAGCUCCAGUUUCUACGUGGUGAUGUGGAAGCAGGUGGAGCAGAUCUACUGGCAGGCCAACCCGUUCAGAGCUGUAGCAGAACCAGGCAUCCAGCUGAAGGCGGUCAAGUCGGACACAGGUCCAGGAGAGAACCUGAGGAACGCCCUGUGGCACACCGGAGACACCAACAACCAGGUCAAACUGCUGUGGAAAGACGCUCGCAACGUCGGCUGGAAGGACAAAACUUCUUACCGCUGGUUCCUCCAACACCGACCUGCUGACGGCUACAUCAGAGUUCGUUUCUACGAGGGAACUCAGAUGGUGGCGGACACGGGCGUCAUCAUCGACGCCACGAUGAGAGGAGGCCGCCUCGGCGUCUUCUGCUUCUCCCAGGAGAACAUCAUCUGGGCCAACCUGCGCUACCGCUGCAACGACACUCUUCCUGAGGACUUUGACACCUACAGAGCCCAGCAGGUCCGCCUGGCGGUCUGAGGACGACUAACGAGCCCCCGGGAAUUCUGGGAAACUUUCCAAAACACCUGGGAUCAGAUAUCAAAUCAUCAUUUUGCAAAUGUUUAUAAGAAGUCGACCACAAAGUGUGAUGGAGUGAAACUCUUAUAAUAUAAUAUGUGUUCAAACCAUUAAUAAUGUUGUUCACAUUUCAAUUUAUACUUUUGAAAGAAGAACUAUUGCAAAGAUUUAACUGUCACUAAUAAAUAAAUGUGGAUUUUGUUAAAUUAUUUACCAUCGGGAUGAAUUUUAACUGUGUGACCAGCUGAUGCAUGUGCAUAUUUAAAAAUAAUGAUUCUAGUUUUUAAUAACAAAGAAAUAUACAUUUUAAUUAAAAUAAUUAAAUGUUUAAGAGGU